ACCUAUGCCCUUGCACUCAAGGAUGCUGUGACACCGACUGGUUUCAUUACAAAGAUGCCUGUUAUCAACCUAUGCGGGACCAAGCAACCUGGGAUCAAGCUAAACGCAGGUGCAAUGCACUGGAUGGUCACCUAGCCUCUGUCCACAGUGAAGAAGAAAACAACUUCAUCUUUCACUUGAUGAACAAAAGUCGCAACUACCGGCUCGGAGCAGAGAGAACCCAUGGGGUAACAGCAAACCCAUGGAUGUGGCUUGAUGACACUCCGUGGGACUUCAGUAAUUUCACAAACCAGCGGGAACAACUCUCCUCAAACAGCCUGGCAGUCCAGUCAACUGACAGAGGUAACAUUUAUUGGAAAUCUGUAAGUAGAGAUGCUUCGCUUAGGUUCGUCUGCAAAUAUCUUCUGAGCUGAAAAUGGAUCCUGAAGCUGAUAGCAGAGAAUUCCUUCUGAAUCUAGGACGUCAUGGCAUGAUUUUGUCUGGUGUUUUUUUAUUCUGGUUGCUGUAACUGCUCUGGAGCCAAUCCAAGUUCAACUGGUUUCAUUCUAAUGAGAAUUGAUCAUGUAAUCAUUAGCUUUUAGUUGGCAUGCAGCAAAUAAAAGGUAUCAAAUUAUUUCGUAUGUAAUACUCUUCCAAUGUACAGUACAAUGCUUCAUAUGCAUUCUGAAGUGAUAUACUGAGCGUAGAAAAAGUUGAUGUCUUAAGCAGCUUACGAUGCCCUGUUUGAAUUCUGAAGUGAUAUGGUCUAGAGAACAGCAGUAUGUGCCUCCUCUGAAUGUCUUAAUUAGUUCUUAGAAUGAAUAUAUCUGAAUGGAAAAAGCAAGCAUCCAGAAAAUUACAGUACAUGGAAAACCAGUUAGCUGUAUAGAAGGACUCAGCAUAUCCUGCUGUACUUUCUAAAGUGAGUACUGUAGCUGUUUUAGUAUGUUUGUAUUGAGCCUUUAAAAAAAUUCAUGUCCUAAGUAGCUUAUGAUACAUAAUGAAAGAAAUCAUACAGUACUAAAAGAUCACAAAUGCUGAAAAAAAGAGAGAACCCUUCCUUCAACCGACCUGGGGUGGUGGUGGAAUCAUUUGCA